GCAGUGCGUCGUCACACAACACAACUCUAUUCGCGCGAGUUGAUACUUUCUCUCGUAAUUGAGGUUAAGAAUUGUAGUCACAAACAUUAAGUAUAUAAUCAGUCGUUUAUAAAAUAAUAUAUAAAUCGAGCAUUAGCGUCGAGUGGUGUUAAAUAUAAAAAUGGAGCCAGGUACACAGAGGCUAACAUCCUACAGACUGCCACGAGAUUUGACCCUAGGUGGAAAUAUUAAGCCUGAAAAGUCUAAGAAGGUGUAUAUACCAAAUGUUAAUGUGCAGAGGAACAAGAAAAAAGAGGAAGUAACACCAGUUAAGAUUGACACUCCGAAACCAAAGGACAGAGAUUUUGGAAGAGGACGAAUAAGAGAAAAUAAUAGGCGUGGAAGAGGAGAUAAGGGAAAUACAAUACAAUCUGAUGGUAUUUGGUCGGACGGAAUAUUUAAACCACCUACUGUUAGUAGAAAAUCUGGUGGUUCCAGCAGUCGUACAGGUACUGAAAAAAUACUAGAAAGAUCAAAGCUAAAUAAAAGUAUCAAAAAAUCAGAAGAAGAAGACAAAUUGAAGAACAUAUUAGGUGAUGAUUUUACCGAUGAUGGUACAAAUACUGAUGAGUGGAUAGAUCCUAUUUUACUGCCAAGGGUUGAAAAAGAAGAAUACAAUGAUGAAGAAAUUGACAAGAAACCAAUAAUCUUAGAAAAUGGUGAAGUUCUUAAUAUAAAAGGAGAAACUUUAAGUGAAAUUAAAAAGGAAGUUACCAUUCACCAAAUAAUUGAAAACAAAACUAAUCCCUAUGUAUUAAUGCAGUUUCCAGACUGUUGGCAAGAUAUGGAACUUAGUAAAGAAGAAUCAAAGCCGAAAGGACCAAAUGAUUCUAAUAGUUUUAAUGAAAAUGAGGCUAAAACAAAAAUCGAGCAUUGUGCUUUGAAUAGCUUAAAAAGUGGUCUAUUAGGCAAAGUUGAGAUUUUAAAGUCUGGCAAAGCAAGAUUAUGUCUUGGUGAAAAGUAUUUUUCCAUUGAUAUUAAUAUACAGCAAGAUUUCCAACAGGAGCUUUUAGCUGCAAAAGUAAAUACUGUGUCAUUAACUGGUGAUCUUGUCAAUCUUGGUCCAGUAAAUAGUCAGUUAUUUUGUUCACCAGACUUAGAAAGCAUGUUGGAAAAUUCGUAAAUCUUUUUAAAUGUAAUUUUUUUAAUAAAAAGUGUAUAUAAAAGAAGAGCAUCAAGAGUUGUAGGAAAAAUUUGUGAGAAAUAUAUAAUUCAGAUUUUGUGAGUA